AUGGAGUUGUUCGUGCAACGGAAGAAAAGAGUACAAGAAAUCAACGAAAACACUCCGUUUGCUAGAGAGAAGAAGGCGAGGGAGGCUGUUCGUGCCGCUGUUCCCCUGGAUUCGCUUGAUCAUGUGAAGUCAUUCCUUAAUAUUGUACGAGAAAACGAAAAUGUUAUGGGAGAGAUACAACAGUUGAGGUUCACCUCAAAAUUCCCCCUUCACGAGUACAAACUUAUCCAAGUGCCAAAAGAUAUGUUAAAAGACGUUGUCGGCGGACAAAAAUUAGUUUUCCGUGGUGAUAUCGAGGAUUCUCCUGUGCUUUGUUCCGAAACAGCUACAUUUUCUAUAAAAGAUGUGGAGACAUCAAAUUCGAUGUUUUUGGCUCCAACUCUAAAAACGUCUUCGGAAGUUACUGAUUCGGCAGAGAAGUUCAUCACUAAAUGUUCGAUCAAUUCCCUCUGUAAUCAUUACUUAGAACUAGAAAAGGUGUCUUGUGUAACUCCAUUCCGGCUGCGUGAAUUGUUGCAUCGUAAUGAACUUCGAUGGAAUUGGCCUUCGGAAGACUCAGAAACCGAUACAUAUACCCAGGAAGAUUUGUUGGACCAUGUCCAGAUGAGCGAGCGAGAGAUGUCUAACUUGAUUAAUGAAAUGCCUGUUGUUGAACACAAUGGAAAGAUACGCUGGCUAUCAUUGGAUCUGCGAAGGAAAUUCUUUACUCUACUCAUUGACGCUUUUGACGAUGAUGAACAUCCAACCGUCAACAUAAGUAAUCUUACUAGUAGUGCUCUUCGGUCUUUCCUUCCUGAAAACGUCACGAAUCAGAUUAUCGAUUGGUUCCUGAGCAAUAUGUGCAACAAAUCGGAUUCUGAAGCCUACACCGUGAAUCCUGCACCAUUUGUACACGAAGUUGCUUCUCACGUUCUACAGGGACCUUUCCGAAGGAUUGAAAUGAAAAACUUUGAAAAAACAAUGGAAACUACAUUGCCAUGUGGAAUUACGAUGGAAUCCGCUCACCUUUUGGGUAUAUCGGUUAGGUCUGAAGAUGUACGAGAUUCCUACAUCUCCUACUUGAAUCCUGAAGAUUUACCGGAAGACACCAGGGAAAGGUUGCGAGUGUUGUUCUCGUUGCAAAAUACGUGGACAAUUGACGAAAUCUCCCCCUAUUUGAAAGAUAUCUGUGCCGAUUCAAGAGCUAUGAGGAUUGAUUGCAGAUUAUUAUGUACUUCAUAUAUAUCAACUCAGGAAUGGUUACGGGUACUGUUACUUCUAUGUGAUUUAACUGUGUCAAACUCUGGUCACAGACCAUUCACACAUAUGCCGGAUACACCAUCGGAUGCAUUAUGGCGAAUUGCCGCAUUUGCUGUCAUCAUGCUACUUUCCGGACGUGAUCGAUGGUGGAUCGUGUUUGUGUUGUAUUCGAUCUAUCGACUUACACGUACCGAAAUGUUCAAUCGUAUUAGAAAGACGGCACGACGAGAUUUGAAAGGACUUACUCUUCUAAUUCGUGUAAAACUAGAUUUUAAACGACGUUUGAAUGCGAAUCGUCCAAUUCAUGAAAUAUUCCUAGAACAGGUUCGGAAACAUCCGCAAAAACUAGCUUGUGUAGAAGUGGAGACGGGCCGACGAGUCACUUAUGACGAGCUGAAUAGACUUAUGAAUAAGUAUGCCAAUUACUUCGAUAGUUUGGGAUUCAAAAAAGGUGAUGUGGUGGCACUUUUUAUGGAAAAUAGCAUAGAUUUCUUCGCUCUAUGGUUAGGAUUGUCAAAGGUUGGCAUUAUAUCGGCAUUUAUUAACUCAAAUCUUAAACUUGAACCAUUAGCUUAUUCGAUAACUUCGGGGAACUGUAAAUGCGUUAUAACGACACCAACACUCAAACCAACUCUUGAUGAGGCGAUUUCGAGAGGACUCCUUAGUAUCGACAGUAACGAAAUAUUUGUGAACGAAGGAAAUGUUGAGGGUGUUAGAAAAUUGUCCGAAGAAAUUAAAUCUGUAUCGGACAAGGAGCCAGUUAACCGGAAUGUCAACUUUCAGGAUGUUCUCUGCUAUGUGUACACAUCGGGCACAACCGGCAAUCCGAAACCUGCCGUCAUCAAGCAUUUCCGAUAUUACUUUAUGGCUAUGGGUGCUGGUAGAUCAUUUGAAAUUACGGGUAACGACGUUAUCUACAUAACAAUGCCAAUGUAUCAUUCUGCCGCUGGGAUUAUGGGAAUUGGAUCCAUGAUCGUCUUUGGGACAUCAGCUGUAAUCCGGAAGAAAUUCUCAGCGAGUAAUUUCUGGAAAGACUGCGUCAAAUUCAACUGUACUGCAAGUCAAUAUAUUGGAGAGAUUUGUAGAUAUCUUCUUGCACAGAAACCUUGUGAAGAAGAAAAGAAGCAUAAAGUUCGUCUUAUGUGGGGUAACGGGCUUCGUGCAGAGAUUUGGAACGAUUUUGUGUCUAGAUUUGGGAUUAAGAGGAUUGGUGAACUAUAUGGUUCGACGGAAGGAAAUUCUAAUAUAGUGAAUCUUGAUAACCACGUCGGUUCUUGCGGAUUCUUCCCAAUCUAUCCAUACAUAGGAGCAUUAUAUCCAAUUCGUAUAAUUAAAGUUGAUCAGGAAACUGGUGAACUCGUUCGGGAUGCGAAUGGCCUAUGUAUUCCGUGUCGUCCUGGAGAACUUGGUGAAAUGGUUGGUGUGAUCAGAAAAAAGGAUCUUCUACUGAAAUUUGAAGGUUACGUGAAUAAAGGUGAUACUCAAAAGAAGAUCUAUCGUGAUGUGUUCCGACAUGGUGAUCAGGUCUUUGCAAGCGGUGAUAUUUUGUACUGGGAUAAACUUGGCUAUCUCUAUUUCAAGGAUCGUCGCGGUGAUACUUUCAGAUGGAAGGGUGAGAACGUAUCCACCACUGAAGUGGAAGGAAUUCUUCAACCAGUAAUGAGUGUUGUGGAUGCAACCGUGUACGGUGUGGAAGUAGGGAAAAACGAAGGUCGAGCUGGUAUGGCAGCUGUUGUGUUGGCGGAUGGGGUGAAUGUUGAGGAUUUCUUAGCAGAAAUUGCUAAACGACUAAUGGCAAAUCUUGCAAAUUAUGCAAUUCCAGUUUUUAUUCGGCUUUGCAAGGAAGUUGACCGCACGGGGACGUUUAAACUCAAAAAGAUCGAUCUACAAAAGCAAGGAUUCGAUUUAAAAUUGAGUAAAGGAGAUCCAGUAUAUUAUUGGAAUUCUGCAAUUAAAGGAUAUUCAUUAUUGGACGCACAAAUGCAGAAAGAUAUUGAGAGUGGUGUGUAUAAUCGACUAUAG